AUGGCGAAGCUUUCUCCGGAGUACGCCUUCACACUCCUUAAGACGAUGACCGACGAGGAGAAGAACCGCUUUCUGAAGCAGUUGGAAAGUGACCCUCUGCUUCCAUCCUCUACGACAAGCUCAUCCUCGGCGGAGGCGCCCGCCGUGCAACCCGCUGCGGCACAUGUGGAAGACCCCAUCGGGGAGGUUAUCGCCGCCGAGGAUUACAGCUUACCUUCAACGGGGCCUACAGCUUCACCGUCCCCGCCGGCUAAAGACGGAAAUGCACCCCCUUCGGGGACCGCUUCAGCUGGCACCGGGGGCGACGGCACCGCUGGUGGUGGAGGUGACGGGGUUGCCAACGCGAAACGAUGGCAACGAGAACCCGAGGUGAAGGAACCGCCGCCACGGCCGCCCUCUUCACCAACCUCGGCUUCCACAACCCCGGCGCCUACGGGACCUCCGCUUAAGGCCAAGAGUCUGGCCACACCACCGAAGCCCGCUUCGGCAUCGGGCGCCCCUUCUGCACCGGCACCGAGUGCUCCUCCCGCUGCCAAGGAGAAAGCCCCACCGCCGCCACUGGCAGAGACUGGCUCAACCGAGGGCAGCGCAGGCACCACAGGCCAGCAGACGCCUGCUUCGGCCACGGCUACGGCUGCUCCGCAGGGCAACAGGGCCCCACUUCUGGCGAGCGAUGCCCCGGCGACCCGCUUGGGGCAUGAGGGGAAGCCGCUUCACAAUGGAGCCAAGGCUAUGAAGAGUGGGGGCAGCACCAGUCCGGAUGGGAGGAUCAACCCGCUUGGGGGUCCUGGAACUGGAGUGGCCGCAACUGGCAGCAUCAAUGAUGCUUUCGCUUCCCCGCCACGCCUUCUUUUGGCUGUGGCAUUGAAUCGCCCACUUUUGGGCCUGCCCAACUUGAUCAAGGGCGGCCCCGCUUUGGGCUUGUGGGCAAGAAGCGCCCGGCUUCAUCGAAGCCAGACAUACUCGAGCUCCGCUUCCCGCUUGAAAAAGAAGGCAAACCCGCGUGCCGCCUUUAUGAGGUCAGUUCACGCUUUGAACUUUUUGAUACGCCUCUUCAUUCUUGGUUUCCCGCUUGGAUCCAGCAAGAUUGACGGUCACGCGAAGAUGACAGAAUUCACACAACUUGUGGCCGACUGCAAUGUGCCAGCAGCUGUAUCCUCUCUGCUUUCCGCAUUCGACGUUGCUUUGUUUGCCCGGUCCUGUACCACUUCGGCAGAGCUUGAAGAGUUGGUGAACCACUUUCUGGCCGAAGCCUCAGUCACGGAAGCAGCUGAGCGCUUUAUCACCAAAGCCUCUUUGCGCUUACUCUUCUGCAAGUGCCGAACUUCGGAGGGCAUGGUAUCUCUUGAAGCUGCGCCUAUUUCCAGCGCACCGCUUGGGGAGGGAACAUCAGCUGCAACCCCUUCUCCCACAGCCUCGCCACCUCUUUCUAGCUCCUGGCAAGAGGCUUGGCCCGCAAAAUUGAGCGGGGAGCGCACGGCAGCGCUCAGGAAGCGGUUCGAGGAGGAUUACCCCACCGAACUUCUUGAUGCAGAGAGCUUUCCAAGCGCCCGCUUGAGGAAACAGGCCCGCUUUGACCUGACAGAGCUUUUUCUCGACGAGGCUCCUACCCGUGACAUACAUGAAGGCCCCGCUUCUUUUGGCUUCGUCACACAGUACGAGGCCGCCGCCAGCUUACGCGGUCCUACCACCAUGGAAGCCCAGGCCGCCGACCGCCGCUGUUGGGAAAUCAUCGCCGACUUAGUCAACGUGCACCAUUGGAAGCUGGAUGAUGCGCUUCACGAAGUCGCCGAGGUGCGCUCUGACAUGCACAGCCUGCUUGCUCCGAGGCCCAAGCCAAAGUUCGACCCGGACAACAGCUGGAAGGCCCGCUUCACAGGCAACGGUCGCGGUGGCAAGGGUGGCGGCCGUGGCGGCAAAGGCCGUGAUGGCAAAGGCGAGAAAGGUGAACGCUUCGAGAGAGGUGGCAAAGGCGGCAAGGGCAAGGACAACAAGCAAGCCACCCCUCCCGGAAAAUGGCUUUCCACGCUUUUCAUGGACAGCCGCCGAAUACAGCGCCAAGAACUGCAAGCGAACUUGCCGCAGCGGGUGCAGGCAGUCGAGGACCUUUACCAGGAGAAGGUGCUGGAGGACGACCGAAAAAGGAGGACAGCCGCCGAGCACGGCGGCAAAAGCUGCAAACGGACCGUGCCACAGCGGGAGGAGGCAGUCGAGGACCUUUACCAGGAGAAGGUGCUGGAAGACGACCGCAAGAAGAGGACAGCCGCAGAGCACAGCGGGAGGAGCUGCAGGCGAACCGUGUCGCAGCGGGGAGAGGCAGUCGAGGGCCCUUGCCAGGAGAAGGUAGACGACCGAAGAAGAGGCCAGCCGCAGGGAGCAAGGAAGACGGCCACGGCGAACCAUGAAACCCACUUCAGCGAGCAGCGGGACAUCGCUGAGGAGGUCACGGCUGUCCCGCUUAGUGUACCGGCACAACCGUCAGGCUCUGCAGGGGCCACUUCGGCACUGCCCAAGGCACGUGCCCCGGUGUCCUGUGCAGCUUCUGCACUCAGUGAAGGCUCUCUCGACUUCGCUACAUGCUUGGAGCUUCUAGCGCAGUACUUUUCCACUCCCUUCACUUCUUCUUCUCACUGCCCCGACAAUGCCAUUGCAGCUUCUGAGGCGUAUUUCAACUUGGGAGCUUUCGCUUUUGACAAUGGUGCAAGGUCGGGCAUCUUUCAGCGCACAGAACAAUUUUCAGAUGUUCUCCGAUUCUUGAACGCUUUAUGCAGCUUCAAUUUCUUGAAGCUUCCUGGAGUUCCCUCUGCGUCAGCCACAACGUUCGCACCCGCUUGCAUACAGAUGCUGGCAACGCGCACAGCGCCACAGAGGCGGGCAAAGGUGAGUUGCGGGACACUUGGCAUGCGCCGCUCUCAUUCAGCUGUGAAUCGCUUCAUUGUACGAUGCCGAUACAAGGAGACAGGUAAUGAUCAGCCAAUAUCGCCCCCGCUCAAGGAUACAACAUGCGUUGAGCUUUUCCUGGACAUAUGCUGUGGGGCUGCUCACCCACUUACUACGGCGCUGUCGUCAUGUGGCAUCACUUGUCUGCCCAUCGAUCUGCUUGGCGAGGAGCAACUGGACUUGCUCAACGAUGACACUUACGACCACCUCCUCCGGCUGUGUUUUUCGGGGAUUGUCCGCUUGGCUCACGGAUCCCCUCCCUGCAAGGAGUACUCCCGCUUAAAGCUUCGUCCAGGUGCACACGUAUCCCUGCACCAGCCGACCAACGCUAUGUCCUGGCUGGAGCCUUUUGUUCAGGACAUGCUCUCCGAGAUACAAGCUUCACUGGUCAACAUCCCGGCAUGUUCAGUGAGCCAGGACAUUGCUAAAUCUUGGCUUUUCGCUUGCAGCUACAGUGAAUUCCGCUUUCUGGCAGGCACAUGCUCACAUGAAGGAGGUCACCAGUCCGUCGCAGGCGCUCGGGACGAGCACGGUAACUUCUUGUCCCAAAGGACGGCGGAAUACCCGUCCCAGCUUGCCAAGAACUUCUCCGAAAAGGCAGUGAACUUGUUUUCUUCAGGCAGACCUUCCUACCCGGUUGCUCCCUGCUCUCUGAAGUUCGCACUGGCCUCAAUUCCCAAAAAGCCACGAUCAGCAACGCCUACAGCCGCGCAGGAUGGCGGGGGCAUUUAUUCAUUGCCCGACUGGUCCCUUGGCCCAAGGUACCAAUCUGACAGCUUACACGACCUGCGGAAGGAAUGGCAAUCUUGGCUGCUUGGAAACAGAAUUCCUCUUCGGCUUCAGCAACAUGUGGAGGAAUGUCUGCGGCAUCGCCUCGUCAGCCGCAAACAGCUUGACAAACUCCUUGGCCUGCUUCAGUGGAUACUUCAUGGGCUUCCGGCUUUACGCCCCUGGCUAUGUACUCUCUACGAUGACAUGCACAGACCUCUUGGUACUAAUGUCAGCAUCAGCCCAUGUGCCUGGCCAGGCAUCCACGCUUACCUGGACGACAAGCUCCGCUUCACAAGUAGCCCUCCGGGCACGAGUAUCUCGCCGGGCUCUACCUUGCUUUCGGCUCGGCACAAGGCUCUGAAGAGUAAAGACGACCUGGCUCUAGUCCCCGUAAGCACGAAGCGCAUGUGGCUCCGCGUCACGGACCCCACUUCCUCCAAGAGGCGCUUAUCUGAGUCCAGCAGAGAAACCCUUGCCUUCUUUGCCCACUUGAGCUCCAGAGACUGGCGGCCAAGGCCGCUUCGACCACCACCUACCAGCUCGGUGGAGUCGGCUGCAGAUGCUUUCGGCAAAGGCAAUGACUGCGGUGUGGGAGGAUGGCUCCUCCUCCCAAGUGGACGCCUGCUUUGGUUUGCUCACCGCUACACUGUCAACGACUUUCUGGACUUAGGUCUGCCAAUGCAGCCGGAUGCCAACUUGGACAUCUCCAGCUACGAGACACUGGCCCAGUGCUUUGUACUUCUGGCUUUUUGGAAAGCCCACGGAUCCGGUCGCUUGGCUUUGACAUUACCAGCUUUGAGCGAUAACAGUGGUGCAGAGUCAGUGUGUAAUAAGCUUUACACCUCUAAAGUACCACUUAAUCUUUUUGUUCGCAAGCUUUCGAUGUGGAGCUCGAUUACCGGUGUCACUCUGGACUGCAGCCACAUAGCCGGCGAGAAGAACGACGACGCAGAUCUGCUUUCGCGUUGGGACGGCCUCACAGAACUUCCCGACAAGUUCCUCGCAUCGAACCGCAUCGAGCUCUCGCUUUUUGAGUUCUGGCUGAUACGCUUUCAGGUGAAUCUUUUUCCCGCUGACACAUUUUUAAAAUGGCAGCUUCCGUCAGCUGACAGCUUGGGCCCAACAAACCGUGGCUCCAACAAGCGCAAGUAG